GCUAAAGAGGCUGGGCCACCUCUUCCUCUCCACGCGGUAGGCGAGACCGGUCGGCCUAUACAGCUUGUGCUGAGUGAUGCCGGGGAAACUUCGUAGUGACGCGGAUUUGGAGUCAAACACGGCCGUGGCGAAAGUGGAGAUGCCGCGAAAGCAAAAUGAGAAGAAAGGUAGAAAAGAGAAGCCAAAAUCUAAUAAGAGUGAAGAGGCAGCAGAAGAAAAGGAAGAAACAGUUUCCCCCAAAGCUAAAAAAGUUAAAAAGAAAGCAGGGCCUUCUGAGGCUGACAUGAAUUCUCCUAAAUCCAAAAAGCCCCCCAAAAAAGAGGAGCCAUCUCAAGAUGACAUUAUUUCUCCUAAAACCAAAAGUGCGAAAAAAUCAAAGGAGCCCUUUGAAGAGAGUGUUGUUUCUCCUAAAACCAAAAAAGUAGUAAAAGCCGAGGAGCCUUCUGAGGAAGAAAUGGGGGCUCCAAAGCCCAAGAAGAUGAAGAAAGAAAAGGAAAUGAAUGGAGAAAUUGGAGAGAAAAGCCCCAAACUGAAGAAUGGAUUCCCUCAUUCUGGACCUGACUCUAGCUCCAAGGAAGCUGCCAGUGAAGAAAGUAACAGUGAGUUAGAGCAGGAAAUACCUGUGGAGCAGAAAGAAGGAGCUUUCUCUAAUUUUCCAAUAUCUGAAGAAACUAUUAAACUUCUCAAAGCCCGUGGGGUGACCUUCCUAUUUCCUAUACAAGCAAAGACGUUUCACCAUGUCUAUAGUGGGAAGGACUUGAUUGCACAGGCGCGGACAGGAACUGGGAAGACAUUCUCCUUUGCCAUCCCUUUGAUUGAAAAACUUCAGGGAGAAUUGCAGGACCGGAAGAGAGGCCGUGCACCUCAGGUACUGGUUCUUGCACCUACAAGGGAGUUGGCAAGUCAAGUAAGCAGAGACUUCAGUGACAUUACAAAAAAGUUGGCAGUGGCUUGUUUUUAUGGUGGAACUCCCUAUGGAGGACAAAUUGAACGUAUGCGGAAUGGGAUUGAUAUCCUGGUUGGAACACCAGGUCGUAUUAAGGACCACCUGCAGAAUGGCAAGCUAAAUCUCACCAAUCUUAAGCAUGUUGUCCUGGACGAAGUUGACCAGAUGUUGGACAUGGGUUUUGCUGACCAAGUGGAAGAGAUUUUAUGUGUAGCAUACAAGAAAGAUUCAGAAGACAAUCCCCAAACAUUGCUUUUUUCUGCAACUUGUCCUCAUUGGGUGUUUAAUGUUGCUAAGAAAUACAUGAAAUCUACGUAUGAACAGGUGGACCUUAUUGGUAAAAAGACUCAGAAAACGGCAAUAACUGUGGAGCAUCUGGCCAUCAAGUGCCACUGGACUCAAAGGGCAGCAGUUAUCGGAGAUGUGAUCCGAGUGUAUAGUGGUUAUCAAGGGCGCACUAUCAUCUUCUGUGAAACCAAGAAAGAAGCCCAGGAGUUGUCACAGAAUGCGGCCGUAAGGCAGGAUGCCCAGUCAUUACAUGGAGACAUUCCACAGAAGCAAAGAGAAAUCACUCUGAAGGGUUUUAGAAAUGGUGAUUUUGGAGUUUUGGUGGCGACCAAUGUCGCUGCACGUGGGCUAGACAUCCCUGAGGUAGAUCUGGUUGUACAAAGUUGUCCACCAAAGGAUGUGGAGUCCUACAUUCAUCGUUCUGGGCGAACAGGUAGAGCUGGAAGGACCGGGAUUUGCAUCUGCUUUUAUCAGCACAAGGAAGAAUAUCAGUUAGCACAAGUGGAGCAAAAAGCGGGGAUUAAAUUUAAACGGAUAGGUGUUCCUUCUGCAACAGAGAUAAUAAAAGCUUCCAGCAAAGAUGCCAUCAGGCUUUUGGAUUCUGUGCCUCCCACUGCCGUUGGUCACUUCAAGCAGUCAGCCGAGAAACUGAUAGAGGAGAAAGGGGCUGUGGAAGCCCUGGCGGCAGCCCUGGCCCAUAUUUCAGGUGCCACGUCGGUAGACCAGCGCUCCUUGAUCAACUCAGAUGUGGGUUUUGUGACUAUGAUCUUGCGGUGCUCAAUUGAAAUGCCAAACAUUAGUUAUGCUUGGAAAGAACUUAAAGAGCAGCUGGGUGAGGAUAUUGAUUCCAAAGUGAAGGGAAUGGUUUUUCUCAAAGGAAAGCAGGGUGUUUGCUUUGAUAUCCCUACUGCAGCGGUAACAGAAGUACAGGAAAAAUGGCAUGACUCAAGGCGCUGGCAGCUGUCUGUGGCCACGGAGCAACCGGAGCUAGAAGGUCCACGGGAAGGAUAUCGAGGCUUCAGGGGACAGCGGGAAGGCAAUCGAGGUUCCCGGGGACAGCGGGGAGGAAACAGAAACUUCAGAGGUCAGCGAUCAGGAGGUGGCAACAGAAGUAACAGAUUCCAAAACAAAGGCCAGAAGCGGAGUUAUAGUAAAGCAUUUGGACACUAAUUUGAAGUAGAGGAUUUAUAUGGCAAAAACAGAGCUAUGUUUGGCAACAUGGAACUGAACAAUAUUUUUCAUACAAAGUUAAAAGCACAUUGUAUUUCCUUCCUGACCACUGGCCUGUUCCCCAUCUCUUCAAGAGAGAUAAGCUUCAUCUAAAUUAUAUUUCAUCUGAUGAUUGUCAUUUAUUACUUUAUCGCUACUUCUGUAUUUGGUUUUCUUAAGAAAAGGUGUAUGAAAUCAUUACAUAUCUUAAUGCAUUGUCUGUAGAUUACAAGACGAAAUCAAGCAUGUAUCUGCUGAUACUUUUAAGUUGACCUGUCUUUAUAGUUAGAAGUGUCUCUUAAUAGUGUCCUUCCCUAAAUACUAUGGGGAAUGCAAGUUUCUGGAGAAACACUUUGAGCACUCAAAGCUUUUGUUCUGUAAUUGGUAUUCCUUAGCUACUUGGCUAACAGUUACUCCUGUGGUUCUAUAAUGUGUCUUCUGAGAAUUAAUACUGAGCAAUGUUUUGAAGCAAGAUUCAAACUUAGCUGGAAUACAACAGUUUAUGCCCAUGUAUGUUCUAGAUUAGAGGAUGGUGAUACAUUUGAUAGGAAAUAUUACAUAGAUUAGCCAUUAUUAUGAGCAUUUUGAUACAUUUUUAACUUCUCAAUAUAAGGUGAUUCAUACUUCAGUGAAUUCGUCACAGAUUUAUAUGUAUAUAUUUUAAUAGGAAGCAAGUGUUUUUAAGGAAUUCCAAGUGUAUAAGAUGGCCCUAUGACUUUCUUCAUAAGUAAGGAGGCUGGAUAAAUGGUGCUUGAUGAUAAUAUACUCCACUUUCUAUUGGAAGAUUAAGAUUUACCAAGAAUGAGCUAAGGGAGUAAGGGGCAGAGAUUUGCGUUGCUGAAGAGUCAAAAAAAAACCCCACUGAAAGUAUUUUCCAUGUGCAAAAAGUAAGCAUUCAUAUCUAUAGAGAGCAAAGGCCAAAGUGUAUGAUAAAGCAUUCUUUUAAUGGUGAAAACAUAAUGGGUCAUUAAUGUUUCUAGAGUUUCAAUUUCUAAGAGGCAAGCUAGGGUUUUUAGGUAAAAUCGUCCAAUUUAGUUUCUCAAAGGCCUAGUUCCUAUAGCCACAGUAUAGGAUCUCUUUAUUAGACUGCUACUCUGUUGAAAGGGUGUAACUACUUAGAGAACUCCUUUUAAGACAUACUCUAUGUGUUUCUUUUUAAGUUGUUUCUUUGAGGGAACUAAAGAACUUAAUGUAGCCCCUGGUCAGGUAUUGCUCUGAGGUCUUAAAUAUUUCUCUGGGAAACUUUGUGUGCUGUCUAGGAGCUUAAACGUAGCAUUGUCUUGCCUUAAUUCCUAGAAAUUCUGAAUUUGGAAUCUUAGGAAAUAAACUACGAUAGAGGAGUUCAAAUGUGUGGCCUGUCUUGUUUUCAUCUAAUUAUUUUGAACAACUGAAAUCUUUCUAGGCCCCGGUUUCCCUGGCUGGAUCUUUAUAUCCAAUUGCUUCUUACUCAGUCACUUUUGCAGUAACAGGCUCAGAGAGGCAACUCAGCUCCUUGGUUCUAGAGGUAGUGUCCUUUUUCUGUUUGGACUUCAGUUCUGUCCUUGAAUCCUGACUGCAUGUUUCUCUGUUCUCAAAUUCUGUUGGCUUUUAUUCCUUGAUCCUCUUGUCAAUUGUAUUAGUUGACCGCCUCAUGGCUUCCCAUCAAGCCAGAGGGGGUUAAGAGGAAGUAUCUGAUGACAGUUUGUGCCAUGUGGAUCACAUUUUAUUUGAUUCUGGUUUUGCUUAAAUAACAAAACAUUUCAAUUUGGCUAGGAAUGGGUACUUUAUCAAGUAGAUUAAAAGGACAAGGUACCUGUCCUUUAGGAAGGGAUAAUUAAAACCUUAAUGUGGAUUAGCUUAAAGAAAAAUAAUCAGGCAUAACUCAAGAGUAAGGAGGAAGAUUAAUAGGAACUUCACUUUACACAUCUUAAUUUUAAGGAAAACAUGGCUGUUUCAAUAAAUAAAGCUAAAAUUUCUCCUGGAUCCCAGAAUUCAAACCCUAUUUAUAAAAGUAUCAUUCAGCUACUAUAUGGUUUAAAUGGGCUUAUUGGGCUAUGUUGUCAUUUUUACUUUUUUCUACAGAGAAAAUAUUUUCCAAUUUAUGUAUCAAACAACUCAGUGAACUUUAAAAAUACAACCAGUUUUUAUGUUGGAACUAUCUGUGCAGCAGUUUCUUUACAGUUGUACAUAAAAUGUUUUUACUAAAAAGUUGAGUUAAUGUAUAAAAAUACAGCUUUAUGCCAUAAUAAAGAUAUUAGUACUAA